AUGACGACUUACGAGGACCGCCCGGGCCCUUUCACCCAACAGGUUAGAGGAGCCAUUCGAGCGAAUACAUCGAAACCACUGAAGAUUGACUAUACGGGAGUUGGAGACCCCUACCAGCAUCUACAGGCUUUCCGAUCACAAACAAGCGCCAAGGGAUAUACGGAUGAAGUGUGUUGUAAUAUGUUCCAGGAGACCUUGUCAGGGGAGGCUUUGAGCUGGUUCUAUGAACUGCCGGUCGGUUCUGUAGGGAAUUUUAAGGAGUUAGCUGACAAGUUUGUAGCUCGAUUCAUCUUACGCACCGACGGGAUACACACACCAAAGGGCCUGUUAAAGGUCCAUCAGGGAGAAGAUGAAACUUUGAAGUCUUUUGUAAAUCGAUGGCAGGCGGCUACCGCUAAUUGCCGGGACCUUAAUAAGGAACUGGCUGAGCUGGCUUUCAGGAGGGGCUUAAGGUGCAAAGAAUUUAUCUACGGGAUCAACCAUAAUCCUCCAGCUAACUACGACGAGCUGAUGGCCACUGCCAUCAGACACGCCCAGGCCGAAUUCGAAACGUACAGAGACACACCCAGACCGGAGCUAAGAUUUUCCACACCGGCCUCGAAGGUCAGGGAUGAGCCACGAAAGAGGGAGUGGGUCCAUAGUCAUGACAAGUCACCCCAUACCUCAAACAAAAGAGGCAAAGAGUCCUCAUCCAGGUCUAACAGUUACGGGACCACUCACCCUCACCGGGAGCCGAGGGUACAACAGGCCCCCAGGACACCACCACCGCCCCGGUAUGAGGUAUUCACAAUCCUCAACGCUUCAUACGAGACUAUUUGGAACGAAAACAAGGGUGAGAUUCCGGGACCACCCCCAAGGAAGUUCCCGAAGAGUAAACUUACCCAGCAGGAUACAGGAAAAUUCUGCACUUAUCAUGAGGAUGCCGGACACAAUACCAAUCUCUGCGUUGCUUUAAAAAAUACAAUCGAGUCCCUCAUCCAGAAGGGCAAGCUUAAAUGA